AUGACAAGGACUCUCCUGGAGGCUCUGACAGAACGCAAUGUUCCGCUUAACCCUUCAUCGGCCGUUCCGGGAACAAACACCAACGUGGUUGCCAUAUUUCAACCAGAUGACUGGACCCCAUGGACGGAUUUCAACUAUGCCACACUGACCCGGAUUUUCCGGAGCGAGUUGGGAGCCACCUAUCGCGGUAGUGAGCAGCAGAGACAUCUGGAAAUGGACACUUUCGCGAAUAAUGAGGAAGUGUUAGAUGACGCUAUGAGAAGAUUCGUGGCUCCAACAACAAAUUAUGCUCUGCAUUACCAGCCCGGAAGUCCUCAUCUUGGUCGUGGGUCCCGUGUCAACGGUGACUAUCGCCCCGACUGGUCUGUCAUAUCCGCGCAACAUUUCUCGGACCAGGGUUACUCCAACAUCCUGCCGGGGGAUACGAAACUCGAUGCAAAAUGGUCCCCAGGCAUGCGCGAUACCAACUACGAAGAGUGGCGUAAAGUCAUGGCCCAAAUUGCGACCUACAUGGCAUAUUUCCAGACGCGAUAUGGCUUCAUCUUGACAGACCAGUAUCUCGUGGUUCUUAGACUCACGCAACUACCGACCGGUCCCGGUAUCGCUCAAGGACGACCAAUACGAACCCCUCUAUCAUCAUCGCCAUACACUGAUGACAACCCGGCGAACUGGGAGUAUUACAAUCCAGAGUAUUCCCUGAUACCUUGGAGCAGCCAUGGGCGCUGUCUGACUGUCAAAUUGGCCCUCUGGUGCUUAUCGAUGAUGGCCACAAACGGUGACCGAUUCGUGGACUACUCGUACCCAGGUCUCGACACUUGGCGCCGCGAUGAGCGAGCAGGCUAUGUUCACAAUACAUCUGGCAAGGCGAAGCGGAAGUUGAGCAGAGACGAUGCCUGUCAAGAGCCCGAUCCACAGGGACCUACUCGCGAGAAUGCCAUGAUUGAACGGAGCGCCGGGAACACCCUGGGUUCGCCCAUGCAGUGUGAACUACCAAUACUACCUGCUGUCCACGAGGACGACACCCAGUCAUAUUACGAUCACGACUCGAGUCCUAUCGGCGGGCAUUCCUCGGGAACGCACGGCCCGCCUGAAACCGAUACUACACGACAGGUAGAUCCCGGGUCACAAGAAGACCCUGAUGCUCCCGACUUUAUUGGCCUUCUGCGCGUCCGUCUUACGGAACUCUUUGCCAAUACGCAGGCAUUCCAGCCUCCGCUGAAAGAUGUGGCGCUUGCUCGUGAGAUAUGUCGCACCAUCGAGGCGAAGGGUAGAGGCCAGCGUGACUUCUUCCGGAUGCAGUAG